AUGUUAAACACCGCGCCCUAUAAAGCACCCAUCGUCAAGGGCAUGGCACCUUCUGCUAUCACGACUACCGAAGAAUACCAAUUCCCGUUGAAAGACAUCCAGUCACUCAACAACUAUUGCGCUGGUAGUGUGGACAAUCAUGGCGCCUGGAAAUCCAAGCAGUUGAUUGCGCACGCUCUCAAGAGCCGUGUCGAGGCUAUUGAUCCUGAUACCUGCAGCGUCGGCGAGGAGGAGGCCUUCUUCGUCGCCGACCUGGGCGAGGUCUACCGCCAGCAUUUGCGCUGGAAGAAGAACCUAGGCCGCGUCAAGCCGCACUAUGCCGUCAAGUGCAACCCUGACCCCCAAGUGCUGCGUCUCAUGACCGCACUGGGUCUCGGCUUCGACUGUGCCUCCAAGAACGAGAUUGAGACGGUGCUCAAGUUGGGCGUCGACCCGUCUCGCAUCAUCUACGCGCAGCCCUGCAAGACCAAGUCUUACGUGCGCUACGCCGCUCAGUCUGGCGUCAAGCAGAUGACAUUCGACAAUGCCGACGAGCUCUACAAGACCAAGCAGCUCUUCCCGGAUGCCGAGCUGUACCUGCGCAUCUUGACUGAUGACUCGGCCAGCUUGUGCCGUCUCAGCCAGAAAUUCGGCGCCGCUUUGGACACGACUGCAGAGCUCUUGGAGCUGGCGAAGAAGCUGGAGCUCAACGUCGUUGGAGUCGCGUUCCACGUUGGCUCCGGCGCAUCCGACCCCAAGGCCUUCAUCAAGGCUGUGCAGGAUGCCCGCUUCGUCUUUGACCAGGCAGCUGCACUUGGCUUCAACAUGCACACCCUUGACGUCGGCGGCGGCUUUACGGGCGAUGCUACCUUCGAGCCCAUGGCCGCAGUGCUGUCUACUGCCUUGGACGAAUACUUCCCGCCCCACAUCCGCGUCAUUGGGGAACCGGGACGCUACUAUGUCUCCACAGCGUUCACCAUUGCGUGCCAUGUCAUCGCUCGCCGUACCGUUGCCGAUGCUACUCUCGGCACCACGUCGUACAUGCUGUACCUCAAUGACGGUGUCUACGGCAACUUCUCGAGCAUCAUCUUCGAUCACCAGCAUCCCGUGCCGCGUGUACUGAAGAACGGCAACGAUAUUCUGUACGAUGUCCGUCGCUCUGGCUACGACACGCCGUCUCAAGUCGAGUACUCCAUCUGGGGUCCGACAUGCGAUGGCAUCGACGUCGUCUCGUCGUCGUGCACCUUCCCCGAGCUACUCGACGUGGGUGACUGGCUCUACUUUGAGGAGAUGGGCGCGUACACCAAGUGCUCUGCUACUCGCUUCAACGGCUUCAGCGACAGCCACGAUGUCGUCUACGUGUGCAGCGAGUCUGGUGCUGCGGCUCUUUUGGAUAUGUAA